CCCAGGUCUAAAAAUAGGUAAUGAAUUUUCACAAAUGAUUACGAAAUUCCACCCGGGGAGACAAAGCAGUUAAGCUUUGAAUGAUAACAUAGCUAAAGGUGAUUGGAAAUGGUAGUGCGGUUUUACGAAUGGGAUCCUAUUGGGUCAGCGCUUGGGCACGCCUCACUUACAUUACCAAAUGGUACCCACAUUAGCUGGUGGCCAUGUGAUGAAGACCGAUCGACUCUGACAACAUGGUUGGAACUGAGUGGAUGUAAAAGUGUUGCUAAGACAGUUGGCUUUUCGCCAUUUAAGAUAUCUACAGUUUUACUGUCUAUCCCUACUACAAUGAUUUAUCCACUCAAACCCCACUGUAUGCCAUCAUACCAUGAUGACGUCGUGUUAGAAGGAAGGGAAGCUGACCGCAAGGUCAAACUAAGAAAUUGUAUAUUGGAUCAAGAUAAAGUUGUCGCGUGGUGGCAUCAGGCCAAGACAACCGAAAAGUAUUCAUUAAUUACAAAUAAUUGUGCCACCAUGGUUAUCAAAGCUUUGGAAGCUGGAAGGACGAACGAAUUUGAAGAACUUCCACUAAACUUCUGGGACAUAAUAAUGUGGACUCCAUAUCGUGCAUUUGAAUAUUGUCAAAAACUAUCGAAUUUACGGUUAGAGGUCACGCAGUAAUUAGAAUGACAGGAAAAUUACUGUAAAAUGUAUACUUUGUAUUACUUUAAGUUUUUUGUGUUAAGUUUGUAUAAUUACUUUGUUGUACAUGUAUAUAAAAUUUGUUUUAGCAUUCAACCGUACACUAUGGGUGCAAAUACUUAAAUAAAUAAGUAUAUGGUUGAAUGUCAGCCAUGUUAAAUUGA